AUGAAUAUAGACAAGGCCCUCUGUGAUCUCGAAGCGAGUGUAAGUCUAAUACCCUUAUCAAUAUGUAAAAAGCUAGAGGUAAGAGAGCUUAAACCUAUAACAAUUUCACUGCAACUAGCUGAUCGAUCUGUUAAAUACCCUAUGGGCAUUCUAGAAAACAUCCCCAUCAAAGUGGGAAAAUUCUUCAUCCCAGUUGAUUUUGUUGUCUUAGAAAUGGAGGAAGAUGUCCAAAUUCCUAUCAUCCUAGGAAGACCUUUCUUAGCAAACACCGGAGCUAUCAUAGAUAUUAAAAAUGGGUGGUUAACUCUCAAGGUAGGAGAUGAAAAGGUGAAAUUCAACCUGUUCAACACGAUGAAGCACAAACUUGAACCUGAUGAAUGCUUUAAGGUUGAUAUAGUUAACAAGCAAGUUGAAGAGGAAUUUCAUAAAAUACAUCUUGAGGAUCCUCUUAAAGCAUGCAUUAUACACAGCCACAUAGCAGAUAAUAAGAACAUAGAAAUUGCAGCUGUGCACAAUCUUUAG